GGCCAACUCCGUUCCUGGUCAAAUGGACCCAUCCGCAUUGACGUGGAAUACCCACCACACGGUCAAUGAAGAGCACUCUUAUUGCUACUGUGGUAGAGAUCGCAGCUUACUAGAACCAAAUAUACAAUGCCGAAGAUGCCGAAAUUGGUAUCAUGUCAACUGCCUUCAAAAGCCAAUCUCGCACGCGCUGCCCUUUAUGACAAACUAUAACUUCCAGUGUGCAAUGUGUAGGGACGAAGAAUUCUUUGAACGUAUUACAGCUUCAUGGAAAGAUAUCUGUUGGACAGCCAUCGCAAACUUGAUAUUACAAGAAGUUGUACGCGAAAAUGGACCUGAUCGAGCGUUGUACACUAGUAAAAACUCACAUCUCAUGGAACACGAAUGGCGUCCUGAUCGAUUCUUUUUUAACAAAAAGGACCAUAUUAUACCCUUUGUUGAUGCGAAUUGGAAAAGCAUUUGUACAGAUAGAGCGCGGACCACUACAUGGUGGGCAACAUUAGGAUCUACGUUGUACACAGCCAAAGAUAUGUUUAUAACUCGCGAUGAACAUCACCGAACCGCCGCCUCUGACUUCUGUCUGGUGGAUGCCAAUUUGUGGAAUGUCCGGCCGAACAUUGUUCAAUCCAGUGCUAAAGCAAUUCCUAUUGUUCAAAAGCCAAUGAUGAAAGAAAGGUCACAAAAGAUGGAAGCACCAGCAGUCAGCACACCAGUGUCAUCACCUUCACCAACGGCCUCUCCAACCCCAUCCGUAGUAACAACAUUUCAGCAGACAUCAACACAAGCCGCCGACCACCCAUACAAUCGAUAUGGCUUCAAAUAUACGCCUUGCCGAGCAUCGCCAAUUCUGAAGCUGUUAGCAUACAGCCAAGAUGACGCUAGCCGGUGUACACUUAGUACUACAGAUCGCAGUCCAUACGCUUCAAUCAGCAGAGACGGCUUGGUGCUUACAACAGAUCGAGGCUGGCGCAUGUGUAGAGCUAAUGUAGGUGUUCGACAAGGAACGUGGUACUGGGAAGCAACUAUGCAACCAGGUCAAGGAAUGUCCAGCGAUGGUCCACAUGUUCGAUUGGGUUGGGCAAGGCGAGAAGCAAGUUUAGAUGCUCCGGUGGGAUUCGAUGCUUACAGCUAUGGCUAUCGUGAUGUUACAGGGGAGAAGCUGUUUUGCUCAAGGCGAGAACACUACGGCGAAGGAUUCGAAGUAGGAGAUGUUAUUGGACUAUUGAUACGACUUCCUGAACGUGAUACUUCCAACUUUAAAAGCCCAACUCGACGACGAAUCCCUAUUGCAUAUAAGGAUGCUCUCUGGUUUGAAGAAAAGGAUUACAGGCAAAGCAAGGAAUAUGAAGCUUUAGCCAACUCGUAUCAGCAAAAGACAUCAAAAAACUUGGGCGUUUUGGAAGGCUGGAAUCCUCAAACGCUUGAAAACUCACAAAUCGAAAUAUUCAAAAAUGGCAAAUCUCAAGGCAUAAUGUACGAUAACCUAUUUGAUUAUGAAGACUUUGGUCGCCUGGCUGAAUCCAUCAAAGGAAACCGGCGCAGUAAGAAAAGAAAAGCCCAUCAUGACGCUGGUUCCACAUCGGUGAUGGGGAACGCGGCAGAGGAGGAAGAUGCUGCGAGAAGACAGCAAUGGACCGAAGAGCCUCCAAUUAAAGACGAUGGUACUUUAGGAUAUUAUCCAGCUGUCAGUGUUUAUGGCGGCGGAGUGGUAUCUUGCAACUUUGGUCCCAAUUUUCAGUAUCCACCUCGAACAGGUUCUGACUGGCGACCUAUGAGCGACCGUUGGGAUGAGUAUAUGGCCGAGGAGACCAUAUGGGACUUGGUGGAUGAAGCUGACCGCCGCAGUCGACGAACAAGCUCUUGAAAACAAAGUUGAGUGUGACUCACUGUGUCGAAGUUACUGUAGUUUGAUUUCUCUGAAAAGAAUGUCAGGACAAGAAGCUGCUGCUGCCGCUGCUACCAGCGAACAAAAUCUCCAAAAGGAUCCAGUCACUGGAGAGAUGAUCUCCAAGUCUGAGAUGAAGAGACGCCAGAAGCAACAAGAGCGCUGAGGAAGGCGAAGA